AUGUCACAAGUAGAUGAGAAUGUCAGCGCAAUGCUGGCAUCAUCAGCAUCCGGGACGACGAUGCUGAUCGUCGUUCAAUUGGCCUCUAGGAUAUUCACUUUCACCGCAAAUCAGCUGGUCUUAAGGAGUUUGCCUCCAGCCAUCAUGGGUGUUGCGUCCCAACUGGAGCUAUAUUUCAUCUCGAUAUUAUAUUUCUCCAGGGAAAGUAUCAGAAUGGCUAUUCAAAGACAGCCAUUGCAACUCAAGCCCCUCACCAUGGUUUCCCACAAGGAUAGCACUGGUACAGCUCCCAAAAAGGGCAAUGAUGUAUCUGAGGCCCGAAACAUAGCCUUGCAGUCAGUAGUGAACAUGUCCUACUUGAGCCUCGCCCUGGGGUUUUUGUUCGCUAUGGCAUUUGCUACAUCUUAUAUACAGCUGGCUUCGAGAGAGGUGUCAGAGUUACCCUAUUACCACGCAAGCGUGAUCAUCACUUCCGUUGCAUCCCUUAUGGAGCUCUCCACUGAGCCCUUCUUCACUGUAGUGCAGCAAUAUAUGCUACACAGACAACGUGCAGUUGUUGAGAUGAGUGCAGCCUUUGUAAAAAGCCUUACGACCUGCCUUGCUUGUGCAUGGGCUUCCAGGACCGGCCACAGCAUUGGCGUGCUCCCAUUUUCAAUUGGUUAUCUCUGUUAUUCUUCCACACUCAUCUGCGGCUAUAUACUAGCCCUACCGAGGGUUGCAGACGAGCAGAAGUUUUCUAUGUUUCCCACAAAGAUAAAGUCAAGAUCAGAUUAUUUCAUGGGGAGAUUCUCAUGGCCGAUGAUAGGACUGUCCACAAAUGUGUUCUUUCAGUCGGUGGUGAAACAUCUUCUCACCCAGGGUGAUUCUAUGAUGCUGGCAACAAUGACGAGCUUAGAAGAUCAAGGCAUAUAUGCACUAGCCUCUAAUUACGGUGGUCUCCUGGCUCGCGUCUUGUUUCAGCCCAUUGAAGAAAGCAGUCGAACGCUUUUUUCCUCACUGCUAAACUCUGGCGGGAGCGGGAAUCUACGUGUAGAAAACAUCAAUGCUGCUAAAACUCAGUUGACAGAAGUUCUUCGUGCAUAUAGUCUGAUGGCUGUUGUGGGAUUUCCCCUCGGUCCAGUUCUGGCACCUCAAUUGCUACAUCUGUUAGGCGGGCGCAUCUGGGCUUCACCCAGGAUCAGCAGCCUGCUUUCACUUUAUUGCUAUUAUAUACCAUUUCUGGCUUAUAAUGGUAUAAGUGAAGCAUUUGUCUCAUCAGCAGCAAACUCAGCAGAAUUACGCAGACAAGCGGUAUGGAUGGGUGUGUUUUCAGCAUGCUUUGCAUCCGCGGCGUACUUGUUCUUAAAAGUUGGCGCUCUCGGUGCCCACGGAAUGGUUUAUGCCAAUAUUGUUAACAUGGCAGUUCGUAUCGUCUGGAGCUUUUCCUUUAUUCAGACAUUCAUGUCUCGACACGGAAGCGGUAUCGCUAUUUCUGAACUUAGCCCACGGCCGCUUACCUGUAUCGCCAGUAUCACGAUGUCUAUAGUUCUUAACUCAAGAGUUCUAUAUGCUCUUGAUAUCUAUAGGACGAGAGAUGCGCUGAUACUUGGAGCUAUGUAUAUUCUUCUCGUGUAA